AAUGGACCAGGAAGAAUUUACAGUUUUGACCAUGAGUCAACUUAAGGGUCCAUUUCAAUAUAACAGAGAACUUGGUUAAGGAUCUUGCUGUACAGAAUGUGAAAAUGAUUUGAUAUUGUAUCCAGGAUCAUUGAAGUAGAUUGAUUCAGUAUAAGUCAUAACACGUUUGGCAAUACAACAUUUGCCAUUGUCUGGAAGUAGUAGUAGUUGCUAUAGACGGAGAGAUUGACAUUAAUCAGAGUAUGAAUACCGCUCCGGUUUAACUUGUUUUUAGAGCAUUGGUCACCUGUAUUAUGAUAAAAACUGCCCUUUUCUAUCUAUAUGUUAUCUACAGGAGAACCAACUUUCGAAAUUACCACUGGAAUCCUGGCGAUGGUUAUCUUUCUAGGAAUUGUGAUAUUCAUCCUGCGAAGGUUUCCGAUAUGUGUGGAAAGACAUGGUUCCUCAACGUCGCCUCCUCCAGAAACUAGUACACAGCCAGGAUCUGCUGGCAACUCUGGGAAUAAACACGACAGUAAUGACUGGACAACUAAGUACUGGGAAAUACAUGACAGAGAUGUAAAUUCCACAUCCUCCUGCUCAAAGACGACUCACAACGAAGUAAUACAACUACGAAGAAAGAAUUAUGAAAUUAGGAAACCAUUAACAAUUGAUGAACAGCCGAACGUUCUUGGACGCUCAAGGACAACCAAGAGACCCCUUUCAGAGCCAACAGCUAGCACAACGUCAUCGUUGUCGUUGUUGGGUGCAACAUCACAUGUCAAAGGUGACGGUUUGAGGUCAAAGUCAGUCCAUGAUGAAUGUGAUAUCACUAUAUCGCCAGAAGUCCAGGAAUUGAUAAGGAAAACUGAUUCGAUCAUAUUCAUUGAGCAAAACUGCGACUUAUCAAAAGUGAGUGCCACUUAUUUAAGUCCAAAAGCUGACACGUGUUAUGAACUGCAUCAUACAAAUGAGUUAGGGAAUACUGACUGAUGCCACAGUUAGCAAUAAGUCAUGAUCAUCUAUAUCACGAUGUCUUUGAAAUAAACGAGGUGAGGUGAAAUUGGGUUAAACGUCUCGUCCAAGAUUAUUGCAUUUAUAUAGCG